AUGCAUCGCUGGUCCUCAUUAGUGAGGACGAUAAGCGGCAGUGGGAAGGUCCCCGAAUCUGAAGACCCAAGGCCGAAUGAAAACAAGACUCUGUUCCAGGCCUUCGAGUGGUAUCUGCCUGCUCCGCCCGGCGACAGUGCACUUCCCAAUGCGAGCCAUUACAGCAUUUUAACAGCUCUACUUCCGCAUCUCUCUGCCUUGGGUAUCUCACACAUUUGGAUUCCCCCAGGCUGCAAAGCCACGUCGGUGCACGACAACGGGUACGGCAUCUAUGAUCUUUGGGAUCUAGGUGAAUUUGAUGCGAAGAAGAAUGGCAAGCCUUCAAGGACGAAAUGGGGACAUAAAGCGGAGCUAGAGGUAUUUUGUGCAAAGGCAAAAGAACUAGAGAUAGAUGUCCUCUGGGAUGCCGUUCUCAAUCAUAAAGCUUCAGCGGAUGGAAAGGAAGCUAGCUGCGGCGUCAAGGUUGACUCCCAUGACCGGACCAAGGCUAUCUCAAAACCAUAUGAGCUGGAAACAUGGACGAAGUUUACUUUCCCUGGUCGCGGCACGAAGUAUUCUGACAUGAAAUAUAAUUGGAGGCAUUUUUCUGGUAUUGACUAUGAUUCGCGCAGAAAAGAUCAUGCAAUCUUCAAACUCAUCGGUGAAGGAAAGCGGAGUGACUGGGCACAUGAUGUCAGUAAAGAGCUCGGAAAUUAUGAUUAUCUAAUGUUCGCAGACCUUGACCAUUCGCAUUCCGCAGUACGAUCUGAUAUUCUCAAUUGGGGAGCUUGGAUCACCUCGCUGCUCAAUCUCGGGGGCUUCCGUCUGGACGCCAUAAAGCACUACUCUCUUUCUUUCCUUGCAGACUUUCUCUCACAUCUUGACACGACCACAUCUCAAGGGAAAAGGUUAUUUUAUGUUGGCGAAUACUGGGACUCCAAUGUGUUCACAUUAGAGUCAGUCAUUAAGCGAUGCCAUGGAAGGCUGAAUUUAUUCGAUGUCCAAUUGGUAUAUACCUUCAGCGACUUUUCAAAGGGGAGGAAGCAUGAUUUGAGAACGAUUUUUGACGGGUCUCUGGUACAAAGAGAUCAUGGUCAUGCAGUGACCUUUGUUGCGAACCACGAUACACAAGACACGCAGGCUCUGGCUGCACCUGUCGAGGAAUGGUUCAUACCUCUGGCCUACGCGCUGAUUCUACUUCGCCACGACGGCGGGACUCCUUGUGUAUUCUGGGGAGACAUCUUUGGCAACCACGGGCCUCGACCUCGGCUUCCAGCAUGCGGUGGCAAGCUGGCGCGACUCAUCUCCGCGAGGAAACUCUACGCACAUGGUCCACAAAGAGACUAUCUCGAUUUGGAAGACUGCAUUGGCUGGACCCGACUGGGCCACAAGUCCAAAGCGAAUGGAGCGGGCCUUGCUGUCAUCAUGACCAAUAGCUGGGACAGGAGGUCUAAAAGGAUGUUUGUGGGUCAUAGGCACAUUGGCGAGAAGUGGAGGGAUAUCCUCGACUGGGAAGACAGGGAGGUUGUGAUCGACUCUCGAGGAUUCGGCAAAUUCCCUGUCGGUCACAGGUCCGUCGGGGUCUGGACACACGAAAAGGCCCCCGACUUUGAGAAGAGCAUUAGCUUCACUUUUCCCAGAUUGGGUCACAGUGCCGCUGCGCCGGAUCCGAACAAGUUGCCUGCCUAG